AAAUGUGUUAUAUACAUUUGUUUUUGUAUCCUCUUGAACACAAGUGCUGCAUCUUAGAAAUACAUGAUAUCUAAGACGCAUUGUAAGCAAAGUGUGAUUUUUAUUUUGACCCUGUUAAAAGGUCUCUGGUUGCUCUGUGAGCCUAAUCAUCUUUUUGAGAGGAUUUUCAGCCUCUGUCAUCAGGAAAUGAUUAAACUGACAAGCACACUCAAAUCACAUUUGACCUUUGGAACUUCAGCAUGGAGAGCACUCGGACCUGAUCAGCAGGAAGAAAUAAAGGUUUGGCUCACAGGAAUGAAUUGACUUGUAGUUUCUGAUCAGGUUCUUAGGUUGAAGUAGCAUGAGUGAGAGAUCAUAGCACUUUUUUGUGUGUGUCCUUGUUGAGAUAUUACAAGGAAAACAUAAAAAUGUUUCUUCCCUUCUCCUGGAUACUGAGAACUUCUGAAUGGACGCCUUUUGAUUCAAACCCUAUAGAAAGUUUUUUUCAAGGUUUUGUGGGUGCAUGUGGAAUAUCGGUGCUGUGCAAUUUGAUGAGAGUUUACUACUUCAUUCAAACAUGCAGUGAUUAUGAAUCUGAAACUGAAGGCAAACAGAGGUCAUCCUCACUUGGCAAUCCUCUGAGAGGGAGCUGGAAAACAGCUCUCCAAUUCUGGUCCCUGACAGUCCUCCUGUCUCUGGUGGGCUCGAGGGUUUCCUCUCUGAUAGUGCUGGAGUUUUCUCUCAGAGCUGUUUCUGCCUGGGCAUCAGCAGGACUGGAUGCCAAUGGCAGAGGCCUAGACCUGCUCCCGAUCCAGUGCCAGUUCUCCCUGGGUUGCGGCCUCACCUGUACUCUGGUCUUCCUCCAUCAGGGGGCUCCACACAGCUCCCUCAGCUCGUUUCUGACAGCUGCUCUCAGCUGGGCACUGGCAAGCUUCAGCCACAGUCUGUGGAGCCAUGUGGCCAGACUCUUCCCACUACAUAGCACAGAGCAUAACUGUGGGAAGUGUAUCACCCUUCUGACCUCUGGACACACCAUACUUGCUUCACUGCAAAGAGUGGUUGUCUUGGCCUUUGCUCUAGCAACCGUGGCUUCCACCACCAUGGUUUAUGACCACUUCCUGUCCCAGAAGGAUGCUCUAAAGUUUUGGACUCCAUUGACACUCUGCUACACUAUGUUGGUGGUCUAUAUUCAAGUUUCAUUUUGCACAGAGGAUCAGAAUCAGCACACUUGUACAGAGGCUCUGUUGCACAGUGUAGUGCUGCGACUGGGAGCCUUAUUGGUGCUCAUGCUGACCGUGGGUGACUGGUCUGAUGUCGUCCACGUCCUCAUCGCUUUCCUGGGCGAAGCAGUCUGCCUGCUGCCCUCUCGGGACCUGCUGCAAGCUGUGAUAAAGGAAGAAGAAGACACAAGCUUGAGCAAAUAUGAACAGAGCUCCAGUCACAAAACAAGGGAACGCACAAGGAAAACAUCAUCCGAUGACAGUUGAUGGUGUACCUGAAAUCUACCUCAAAUACCAGUUACUACCUCGAAUGUCAAGAUGUGCUAAUACUCGAUGUUAAUAAUAAAAGGAUUAUUGUGUA